CUCGCAGACGAUCGAGUAUAUAAGCUUGUAGAUCGUUCAGAAGCAGUAGAAAGUUAGCCAGUCUCACAGACCCGCUGUACCUGAAGUCAGCCCAGCCGAAUAACACAAGAUGUACGCGAAACUCGCUCUCGUCGCUGCCCUGGUCGCUGUGGUGAUCUCCUCGCCCGUCCCCGGAGGACAUGGACACCAUAAGCACGUGACCAUCCACGUCCCGUACAAAGUGCACACGAUCCACCACCACCACGUCUCCAAGGUGCCGUACCCAGUGCACGUGCCCGUCGUGAAGGAGGUGCAGGUGGUGAAGGAGGUGCCGAUCGUGAAGCACGUGCCGGUGCCGGUGGUGAAGCACGUGCCGGUGCCGGUGGUGAAGAAGGAGAUCGUGGAGAAGAAGGUCUACGUGCCGGUGCACCAUCACGAGGAACACGUCGAGCACCACGGCUGGGAGGGCGAGUCGCUGUCGCACGGCUGGAACUGAUUGCUACCUCAAGUGAUAUUUAGUUUAAGGAUAAUUUUACAAUCAUCGAGGCUUCUCACCGCCAUCACCGCGUUACCACAAUCAUCCAUCCCACACAUGUACAUAAUAGUUGUAAGAACCAAAGAAAAAUAAAUGCUGUUUGUAGUCUUUUUAUAAA